UAGAGAUUUUGGCCGGGUGCUUUAUCCAGUAUCGGGGGUGGGACUGUUGGGUCCAACAGGAAAACUAAAGAAAGGCGAGUAUCUAAUUUAAAACGUCAAAACUCUAUGGCUGCAAUCAGAAAGAAACUGGUCAUAGUUGGAGAUGGAGCCUGUGGGAAGACGUGUCUCCUCAUAGUGUUCAGCAAAGAUCAGUUCCCUGAAGUCUACGUUCCCACCGUGUUUGAGAACUAUGUGGCAGAUAUUGAGGUGGAUGGUAAACAGGUGGAGCUGGCUCUGUGGGACACAGCAGGUCAGGAAGACUAUGACCGCCUGAGGCCUCUCUCUUAUCCAGACACUGAUGUCAUCCUUAUGUGUUUCUCUAUUGACAGCCCUGACAGCUUAGAGAACAUCCCAGAGAAGUGGACUCCAGAGGUCAAGCAUUUUUGUCCCAACGUUCCGAUUAUUCUGGUGGGGAACAAGAAAGACCUGCGAAAUGAUGAUCACACGCGCAGAGAGUUGGCCAAGAUGAAACAGGAGCCAGUAAAGUCGGAAGAGGCGAGGGACAUGGCUAACCGCAUCAACGCUUUUGGUUACUUGGAGUGCUCGGCCAAGACGAAGGAUGGCGUGAGGGAGGUGUUCGAGAUGGCCACCAGGGCAGCGCUGCAGGCCAAGAGGCGGGGAAAGAAGAGCGGCUGCGUCCUGCUAUAGAGCCUCCAGUCACGGAGGUGGGGGAGGGGAGGGUGGCUCUGAUGUGUGACUUCAAUGAUUUUAAUUCAGUGUGAUGGAUGAGUGAAAAAGUCAAACAAGGCCAAAGGGAAAAAAUAAAAAGGGAGAAUAAUCAUUCAAGUCAAAGUUAUAUAUUUUAGCCAUUAAAUAAAAUGACUAUAAUCUUUUCUUGCGGAUCCAUUAGACCUGAACUCCAGAGAACACAGAGAGGGAAACAUCUCAGAGUCAGAUGGUCUUCUUCAUCCUGACCUGCAGCUUUCUGGUUUGUGAAAGUGAUCGGAGGCGUUUCCAUCCAUGUGUUCCUGCAUUACUAACCGUCUUCCAUGGCUCGCAGCAUGACUGCGCUUGUCUCUCAGUUAACCAGUUCAGACAUGACUCACCCUCAACAAGGGCAGUGCUGUAUUUAUGCUUUGCACCAGGUCUACAUAUAGUAAUAACUUUUAUUAUUAUUGUUAUUAUGCAAGUUUUUCAUUUUUCCUUUAUUUUCCUGCAGACUCAAAGUUUCUUAUUCAUGGCAAUGUAGUUUUGGAUGUACAAGUUUUAUUAUUUGCAUUUAAAAAAAAAAAAAAAGAAAAUCUCGCAGUGAUGAAACCAUUUUUUUAGUCUGACUGAGGCCAGUUUUAGGGUAUAAA